AUGAGCCCACGACCUGAAUAUGAACCAGAUGAAAAUGAGCCAGAUGAGGAUGAGAGCCCUGAUCCAAAAACAAUGCACAAUCAAUCAACUCCUACGCCAUCAUCUGGUCACGAUCUUACCAAUGCUCGCCCAUCUGAAAUUACUUCUCAGACAUCAUCAUCAUCAUCAUCCUUACAAUCAUCAGACAACUCAUCGUCUUCAAUGGCACCAUCCACCAUUGGGCCAUUGGUAGUAGCGCUGGUCGUUAUCCUUGUUAUCAUCACAUGUUGUAUUAUCCAUUGCUCACGUAUCCGUAAACGUCUCAAUGAUGAGCAGCGGACUCAAACCAUUAAUGGAUGGACCUCCUUCAUGACAUGGUUUCAACAACCGAAACAACAACAUCGCGACCUCUCUCAUGGUGAAGAAAAGAAUGUCAUUGUACACGUCAAUGAUGCUGAUAGUGGUUUACAACAUCGAUUAUCCAAACCCCCACCCAUGUCACCAUACGACGAUAUACAACCUGCAUCUGCAGAGCAGCAACAACCAAUGCAUGCACAACAGCAACAAUACCAAAGCACACCACCACCCAAGCCGCCACCCUUAGAUACCAAACAAAGACGCCGACAUUCACAAUCGCCUUCGGAUGAGCGACAGCCAUCGAUUGUAUUUUCAUCAGGUUGGGUAUUUGCCACGAAUAAUAGUCAAUCGCCCAAUACACCUGAACCAGCAGCCACGUUACCAUCAUCACAAGAAGCCCACACUGAACGGCUAUGUCCACAUCAAAUCACUGUGGAUGACGAUAAUCCAAUGCCUGUUAUUACUCAAAAACCACAUGCAAAAGCUGAUCUGUAG